GGACGCCGCUGCCCGCUUUAAGCCCCCCUUGGCACCAGUGCUGGUUCUGCUGCUAUCUGGGGAUGUCUGAGGAGGCUGUCCGCCAGACGCGCAGCCAAAAGAGGGCGCUGGAGAGGGAUGCUGCACCCCAGUCUAUAGAACCCUCCGAUGCUGACAGUGAAAGCAAAAAGCCUAAAUUGGACCCUUCUGAACCCACAACACAGGCACAAACUAGUCCUUCACCUGACCCUGUACCAGCAGAGGAUGAUCAGAGCCGGACUAGGGAUGGAUCAGAGCACGAGAAAGGUCAGGAGGAGGAGCAGAGGCGGUUGCCGUUACCUUUGGAUUCUCAGCCGGUGAAGGAUGAUCUAGAGAGGACCCAGAGACAACAGACGGCAGAGCUGGGCUCAGACAGUCGGACUGAGUGCAAUGAUAAAGCCAGCAAGGUGAGGACAGAGCCAGCAUCUAUCGAUACAAGGAGUCGGGUCCGACUGACCGAGCCGAAGGCGUCCGGUGGCAUGCUGGCUGCAGGCGAGGUGAAGGCCACCAUUAAAGUGGAAGUUCAGACGGGAGAGCAGCCGGUGGACAUGAGCACCUCGAGAGGCAGCAUAAAAAGGGAGAAGCGCCCUCCAUCCCCUGAAGAUGACGACGUCAUCAUCUUGUCAGAUAACGACUCCCCCAGUCCACCAAUGAACGGCUUGAGCCACUUCAAGGAGCUGGACACAGACCUGCUCAUGAAGAGCAGCCCGGCGGAGAGGGAGCGCAUCAUUAAACAGCUGAAGGAAGAGCUGAGACUGGAGGAGGCCAAGCUGGUGCUGCUGAAGAAGCUUCGACAGAGCCAGAUACAGAGGGACACUCUCCAGAAGUCCUCAAAUCUGUCCGGCUCCUCUGCUCCUCCUCCUCUAAUUCGGGGAACAAUUACAAGCAAUAAAGGCUCGCAGCAGGUUUUGACUGGCAGGAGUUCAGGCACAGUCAUCCCUCCACCACUGGUCAGAGGAGGACAGCAGGUGUCGUCCAAACAUGGCUCCCAGAUCAUCAUGCCGCCUCUGGUCAGAGGGGCACAGCCCAUCUCUGUAUCUCCACAGCAGAUCCAGGCUCUCCGUCAGCAACAGCAGCAGCAGUUGGCUGCCUCUGGCGGUUCAGGACCCCCGCCUUUGCUGUUGGGCCCGAGGACCUCAGCCCCUGCAGGCCAGAGAGGCAUGGUCCAGCCAGGCCUUAUCAGGGUUGGCAGCAAUGCGAACACACUGAUGAGGCACAAACACAAGGCUCCAGACCAGAGAGUGAGGGAGAGCAUGCUGAACAUCAGGACACACAACAGACAGGCCUCGCCGUCCAGUCUGAAGGGCUCUUCCUCAGGAAGCGGCGGCAUGUCCGUGGUUAACGUGAACGACUCCCCAGCCAGCCGUCAAGCUGCAGCUAAACUCGCCCUACGUAAACAACUGGAGAAGACCCUCUUGGAGAUUCCCCCACCCAAGCCCCCAGCCCCAGAGUUUAACUUCUUGCCCUCUGCAGCCAAUAAUGAGUUCAUCUACCUGGUGGGCCUGGAAGAAGUGGUACAGAAUCUGCUGGACACAAUCCACAGAGGUAAGACAGGUGUAGCACUGUCAAAGAGCCUUGUUAAAGAACCCUUCAUCUGCACCCAGUGCAACACUGACUUCACCUGCCGCUGGAGGCAGGACAAGACAAAAGGCGGGGUAGUCCUCUGUGAACAGUGCAUGUCAUCCAAUCAGAAAAAGGCUUUGAAAGCUGAGCAUACCAAUAGGCUGAAAGGUGCGUUUGUCAAAGCACUGCAGCAAGAGCAGGAAAUAGAGCAGCGUAUCUUCCAGCAGGCGUCCUCACCAGUCUCCCACAGUAGCUCCUCAUCUUCAUCGUUGAAAGCAGAGCAGCUGGUGUCUCAGCAGCUGAAGCAGGCUCAGUCCAGAGCGUCCUCCCUCCAGCACCACCACCAGGUCAGCCGAGGAGGCAACAUUCUUCACCAUCACUCCAUCAAGCAGAGCUCCCAGGGCCAGCUGUCCCAUGGUGUCUCAUCAGUCGGGGUGAGGGGCGUCCCCCACUCCUUCUCCUCCUCCUCCCAGCUGCAGAGCGCAGUGGCGGCGGCAGCUUUGGUCAGCCGGCCAGGUAAGCACGCCCAUGUUUCCCACCGCUCUGUCCAGAGUUCAAAGGUGAGCAGCAGUGGAAUCGGCGGCGGCAGGAAUAUCAGCGGAGGUAGUGCCUCAUCCAGUGCAUGGAAGAAGCAGAGCAACAAUAAUACAGGAGUCACAAUGGCCUACGUGAAUCCCAGCCUGACAGGUCACAAGACGUCAGCCACCGUUGACGCCCGUCAGAGGGAGUACCUGCUGGACAUGAUCCCCUCUCGCUCGUCAAUCUCGCAGACUGCAAACACAUGGAAAUAAUUUAAAAGUGUACUCUGCUAUUCAUUGUUUGUUCUUGUCCAAGUUCCUCAGCUCCGAUAAUAUGGUCAACAGCAACCCCCAGAGGACUGUUAAGCAAAUACAAUCUCCUAAAGUGAAGAAAACGUUCCUUUCUUACCUUUUUGUAUGAUUGCCGUUUUAGUUUUCUUUAUUUUCUGUUUAUUUUGAGAUUCACUAUUCUUUGGUAAUUGUGCAGAAACCGUUUUGAUUUGACUGGGGCAAAGAAAAAACAAAUACUUGAAGGGCUUCCCCCCCCUGGGUACUUGUGUCCUCCAGACUGGGUGGUUAAAUGAUGGUGUGAUGACGUGUUCUGCCAUGAUGUAGGUCAAACUGACCCAACCUUUUGACACUUGAAUGGUUAUAGUCAUACCCAAGAGUUCAACAAAAUACACAUUUAUUUUAAGCAAAAACAAAAUAAUUAAGUUGUAAAAAUUUUCAGUAUGUCACCCCUGUAGUUUAAGGUUUGAAUUUAUUUUGUAUUUACAGUAAGUUAUUUUGCUUUUUUUGACUGAUGUUAAAAAUCACUCUGUAUAUUGUGGUUUCCACAAAUGAAGAGUUUAUUCUACCUUUGUUUUCUGUUUGUUUUUUGUCCUGUUUAACCGCAUGCCUACCCUUAACCCUUCUAUUCAUUUUGCACCUUAGCUUGAAGAAGCAUGGUGUCGUUGCUUAAAUUCAUCUGUAAUUACCAUCUGUAAUUUGCUUAUUUUAUAUCAAUGUCAACAUUGUAAGAUUAUUUUUUGUGUAUUAUGUUAUCGCCGAGAAAAAGCAAACUCUGAAGGAGCUGAAUUUGCCACACUGGAGCCAGAGAUCUUCUCCGAUUUAUUCAACCAUAAUUCCUGCAUAUACUUAGACCUGAAUUGGUUCUUGAAGGGAAUGUUUUCCAGCUACCAAGACCCCGGAGUACACAUGACCAUCUUUAUCUCGUACCCCCUCACCAUAUUGCAUAAUUUCUCUGCUUCCCGAUCUAAACUGCAUUGUACAAACUUCUGUUAAAAUUAAUUUGGUUUACUUUUUUCCUAGCUCCUAAAGAAAUAAUAAAAAAUAUACAUUUUAA